AAAGAAAGUUGUCCUAAGUUUGGGAAUCUAGUUUAUGUAGUUGUAGUGCAUAUUAGGAAUGAGAGGGUUGUUAGCGAAAUUGGCACAUUUUUACUAGCCAUUGCGGCGUAUAAGAUGAAAAGUAAAGAUGGAAAGCCUGGAAGUAACCCUGAUAAAAUUUCCAGGGCAGGUCCUAUGUGUUUAAUGUUUGUAGUGUUAUGUGGAUUUUCAUUCUAUCUUGGAGGCAUCUUUUCUUCUGAGAAAAAUGGCUUCCUCUAUAGUGAUUCAAUACCAGCAACAGUGAAUCAUAAAGAUAAUGCACUUGUUCACGUUCAAAUUGAGCCUAUUACUUUCCCAGAUUGUGGAAUUGACUAUCAGGAUUACACGCCAUGCACGGACCCAAAGAGAUGGCGGAGGUAUGGUAAUUAUAGACUCAACUUCAUGGAACGCCAUUGCCCACCAAUAAGCGAAAGGAAAGAGUGCCUAGUGCCCCCACCCGCGGGAUAUAAAGUUCCAAUCAGAUGGCCACAGAGCAAAAAUGAAUGUUGGUAUAGAAACGUGCCAUAUGAUUGGAUAAACAAUCAAAAAUCAAAUCAACACUGGCUAAGAAAAGAUGGUGAGAAGUUUCUCUUCCCUGGUGGAGGUACUAUGUUUCCUAAUGGGGUUAGCAAGUAUGUUGACUUAAUGGAAAAUUUGAUUCCUGAAAUGAAGGAUGGGACAAUCCGAACUGCCAUUGAUACCGGUUGUGGGGUGAGUCUUUUGCCAAAUUUUAUUUUCUUUAAUAUCUUUAUUUUUUAUGCUGAGACUGCUCCCAAAGCUUGUUGA